UUCUUCAACAGUUUCAGGAAGUGAGGGUGAAAUCAGGAAACUCAAUGUUGCUAUUGAUAGAGCAGUGAAAGCUAACGUAUUCUUGUUUGAGGAGCUCGUUGGAUUUGCUUUUUUGAAGGGGAAUCAAAAGACUCUAUUCUUUGAACGAUGUUCCUUGUGAACUGAUAUUAAACACCUUUAAGACACCAUAACCAUGGAAGAGCAAAUCUCUUGUGGGAACUCAGUUAAUUCCACAGCCCUCUCAAACCACGAGGUGCUAAUUCUGCACACUGUUGACGCACAGGAAUGGGCAACAUAUUUGCAGCAGAUCAUGCGAAAGAGCUCCAAGAAGUUCCACAAGAGCUCCAUUUUACUUUAUACCAUCUCCUCAGCUGAUCAGCUCCAUGGUUCCAACUUUAAAAAAAAUCUCCACAAUUUCAAAUGCAUCGUGCUGCUCCUCACCGGAGGAUUCAUAGACUUAAUGUCCGAGCCUGAGCUGAGCGGAAGCCUUCAGGUGCUGCUCCAGCCAUCGCACAGAGUGGUGGCGCUGUUGUGUGGUGUGACUGAAGAAGACGUACUCACAGCUGAUCACUUUGAAGACUGGUCAAGUUGGAAGAAACUGCAUGCUGAGGAUGACCCUGCUCUCUAUGUCUCUUCCAUUUUGGAGACAGUUUCUAACAAUGAUGAACAUGCAACCACGGGACUUUCAGUAAGCAAGGAAAUGAGCCCACAUUCACACCUCAACUGCCUCACUGUUCAACCAACCCGACUUCCGUGUGGGGCACAGGAACGUAUUUUUAUCAUCUUCAAUGAUAAAUUAGUGGGUCUCUCAUCACCACAAGUGGAGUUUUCUUCUAGAAAUAACGCACCAGAAUAUUUUCCAUGCACCGUUGUGAAUGACUACACAAUAAGUCUAACCGCACCAGAAAUGCCCGCAGGUGAGAUAUCACUCACCUUGUGCUCGAAGCAAUCACGUAUAAGCUUGAAGUGUGUUACAUAUUAUACCAACAUGGGAGAAGUCAGCCGCUGUCUUGAAAAUGCUGCCGAUCCCAUAAAUUUCCUCUGCCAGGCCUUCAAUUUGAUGUCCAAUUCAGUUGAGUUUUUGGACAACAUUUUAACUGACUCAAUAAAAUCCAAGAUGCCAGCAUGUCUUCAGCUGUUUGGGAUUGGGCAGAUAGAGGAGAACAAUAUGACGACAUAUAAGCGCAAUGAGGAACUUCCAACGUUGCUCCAUUUUGCUGCAAAGUAUGGUCUGAAGAAGUUGACGAGCAUUCUACUUCAGAUUCCCGGGGCGUUGCAAGCUUACAGCGUGAUGAACAAAAAUGGAGAUUAUCCAAACACGUUGGCGGAAAAGAAUGGCUUCCCAGAUCUCCGAGAGUUUAUUGAUGAAGUUGUUCUGACUGCAGAUAUGCUAAAAUCUGAUGAUCCAGAAGAGAGUACAGACGACUAUGAAGACAUGUCAACCAAAACGAGCUCAGGUUAUGCCAGCGACAUGUAUGUCUCAAUGCUGGGAAUAAACCCCGAGUGUGCAGACGAUCUAUAUGAAGUGAUGAAUGCCGCCGUGGAAACUCCAGAUGAUGUGAUGUUGAGGACGUUUUUUCAAGCGAAACCUCACAACGUUAUAGUCCAGGAUGAAAGAGAACCACCUAAUGGAGGCAAAAUGGAGUCCAAUGACCCGGAUGGAACUGAUCAUGAGUUUGACCCAUACGACCUCUUGAGUGAAGAUAUUUAUGAUACUUUGGAUGAAAAUAAUUGCCACAACGCAGCAGUCCUUUCCCGACCGCCGGCCCCGAUCCCGAGACCUGAAAUGAAGCCUGACCCCGAAAGGCCUGUCACUUAUAUUUCAAGAGUAUUUUCAGAUAAAGCGACGUCCCAAAGUCAAACGACGGAAACUUCAAAUCAGGAAGUUCAGUCUGCGACGGACCCCCCACCUGUGUAUGACUUAUUUGCCGGGAUGAAGACACCUGGUCAGAGACAACUCAUAACCCUGCAGGAGAAGGUCAAAGUAGGUCAAAUUACCGUGGAUGAAGCUGUCCGGGAAUUCAAAGCUUGGCAGCUGGACCAUGACAGCAGAGCAAGCUCAGUGCGCUAUCAACAGGAGAAUCUGAAAAAACUAAGAGCAAGCAUCAACAGGCGUCACAAUGAGAGAGACAAGUCAGGGAAGGAACUUGACUACGAGAUAAGCGCUCCACUGCAGAGAAAUUCCUUUUGGGGAGCCACCGUAACAUUGGAGUGCGCUGUAUACGACUCCACGCCCAGAACGCUGCUCCCGUCCUCCUCAGUAGCUCAGCCGAUCCAAAGAGGAAGUUGGAAGACCGGGAGUACAUCCAGUACAUCCAGUACUGAAAGCAACAGACUCAGCACUCAUAGCAACUUAAGCUACAGCAGCGGCCCAGAGCCUGAUUUAGAGGACUCUUCAGAAAGCCUCCCUCUUCCACCGAGACCUCCACGGCCUCCUGAUUCUGCUCCACUUAUUCCGCCUCGAAUUCCUCCGCGCAAUUCUCAAAGCACGUCGGAUAGCAUGUUGCACGAGCGUUAUGUCUCCUGCCUGACCCGGGUGCCUCCUCAAAGACCUCCUCAAAGACACAACAACUCUGCUCCUCCUCUUCCACGUCGAUUGCGGUGAUGGACUGUGGUCAAUUUCUUUCGUUAAAUCUGGAUUCAGUUUGUGUGUGUGAUGAAGAGUUUAUCCAGUUAGAAUUUCAGAUAUAAAUUGCACAUUAAAUCGGCUUUGAGUUUCAGGACAUUCAAUUAAAUAAAGUACAAUGCGUACGGUGUGUCAACCCAAAUAGCACAUUAA